AUGAGGAGCAGGAGGAUCAGUGAGGAGCAGGAGGAUCACCCCCUCCCUCACCCUCCUGCCCCCUCCCUCACCCUCCAGUCCCCUCCCUCACCCUCCUGCCCCCUCCCUCACCCUCCAGCCCCCUCCCUCACCCUCCUGCCCCCUCCCUCACCCUCCAGCCCCCUCCCUCACCCUCCAGCCCCCUCCCUCACCCUCCAGUCCCCUCCCUCACCCUCCUGCCCCCCCUCCCUCCAGCCCCCUCCCUCACCCUCCAGCCCCCUCCCUCACCCUCCAGCCCCCUCCCUCACCCUCCUGCCCCCUCCCUCACCCUCCAGCCCCCUCCCUCACCCUCCCUGCCCCCUCCCUCACCCUCCUGCCCCCUCCCUCACCCUCCUGCCCCCUCCCUCACCCUCCAGCCCCCUCCCUCACCCUCCUGCCCCCUCCCUCACCCUCCUGCCCCCUCCCUCACCCUCCAGCCCCCUCCCUCACCCUCCCUGCCCCCUCCCUCACCCUCCCUGCCCCCUCCCUCACCCUCCUGCCCCCUCCCUCACCCUCCAGCCCCCUCCCUCACCCUCCUGCCCCCUCCCUCACCCUCCUGCCCCCUCCCUCACCCUCCAGCCCCCUCCCUCACCCUCCUGCCCCCUCCCUCACCCUCCUGCCCCCUCCCUCACCCUCCAGCCCCCUCCCUCACCCUCCAGCCCCCUCCCUCACCCUCCAGCCCCCUCCCUCACCCUCCAGCCCCCUCCCUCACCCUCCUGCCCCCUCCCUCACCCUCCUGCCCCCUCCCUCACCCUCCAGCCCCCUCCCUCACCCUCCAGCCCCCUCCCUCACCCUCCUGCCCCCUCCCUCACCCUCCAGCCCCCUCCCUCACCCUCACCCUCCAGCCCCCUCCCUCACCCUCCAGCCCCCUCCCUCACCCUCCAGCCCCCUCCCUCACCCUCCAGCCCCCUCCCUCACCCUCCAGCCCCCUCCCUCACCCUCCUGCCCCCUCCCUCACCCUCCUGCCCCCUCCCUCCAGCCCCCUCCCUCACCCUCCUGCCCCCUCCCUCCAGCCCCCUCCCUCACCCUCCUGCCCCCUCCCUCACCCUCCUGCCCCCUCCCUCACCCUCCAGCCCCCUCCCUCACCCUCCUGCCCCCUCCCUCACCCUCCUGCCCCCUCCCUCACCCUCCAGCCCCCUCCCUCACCCUCCUGCCCCCUCCCUCCAGCCCCCUCCCUCACCCUCCAGCCCCCUCCCUCACCCUCCAGCCCCCUCCCUCACCCUCCUGCCCCCUCCCUCACCCUCCAGCCCCCUCCCUCACCCUCCUGCCCCCUCCCUCACCCUCCAGCCCCCUCCCUCACCCUCCUGCCCCCUCCCUCACCCUCCUGCCCCCUCCCUCACCCUCCAGCCCCCUCCCUCACCCUCCAGCCCCCUCCCUCACCCUCCUGCCCCCUCCCUCACCCUCCAGCCCCCUCCCUCACCCUCCUGCCCCCUCCCUCACCCUCCAGCCCCCUCCCUCACCCUCCAGCCCCCUCCCUCACCCUCCAGCCCCCUCCCUCACCCUCCAGCCCCCUCCCUCACCCUCCAGCCCCCUCCCUCACCCUCCAGCCCCCUCCCUCACCCUCCUGCCCCCUCCCUCACCCUCCUGCCCCCUCCCUCACCCUCCAGCCCCCUCCCUCACCCUCCUGCCCCCUCCCUCACCCUCCUGCCCCCUCCCUCCAGCCCCCUCCCUCACCCUCCUGCCCCCCUCCCUCCAGCCCCCUCCCUCACCCUCCUGCCCCCUCCCUCACCCUCCUGCCCCCUCCCUCACCCUCCUGCCCCCUCCCUCACCCUCCAGCCCCCUCCCUCACCCUCCUGCCCCCUCCCUCCAGCCCCCUCCCUCACCCUCCAGCCCCCUCCCUCACCCUCCAGCCCCCUCCCUCACCCUCCUGCCCCCUCCCUCACCCUCCAGCCCCCUCCCUCACCCUCCUGCCCCCUCCCUCACCCUCCAGCCCCCUCCCUCACCCUCCUGCCCCCUCCCUCACCCUCCUGCCCCCUCCCUCACCCUCCAGCCCCCCCCUCCCUCACCCUCCAGCCCCCUCCCUCACCCUCCAGCCCCCUCCCUCACCCUCCAGCCCCCUCCCUCACCCUCCUGCCCCCUCCCUCACCCUCCAGCCCCCUCCCUCACCCUCCAGCCCCCUCCCUCACCCUCCAGCCCCCUCCCUCACCCUCCAGCCCCCUCCCUCACCCUCCAGCCCCCUCCCUCACCCUCCAGCCCCCUCCCUCACCCUCCUGCCCCUCCUCACCUCCUGCCCCUCCCUCACCCUCCAGCCCCCUCCCUCACCCUCCAGCCCCCUCCCUCACCCUCCUGCCCCCUCCCUCACCCUCCAGCCCCCUCCCUCACCCUCCAGCCCCCUCCCUCACCCUCCUGCCCCCUCCCUCACCCUCCAGCCCCCUCCCUCACCCUCCUGCCCCCUCCCUCACCCUCCAGCCCCCUCCCUCACCCUCCAGCCCCCUCCCUCACCCUCCAGCCCCCUCCCUCACCCUCCUGCCCACCACAAAGCGCAGCAGGCUUACACAGCGCUCCUCACUGUGA